AUGAAUAAAAUUAAAUUAAGUGAUGAUGUAAUUGAACAAAUAAAAGACUUCAAAUAUUGGGAAUUGACUGAAGAACAAGAAUCGUUAAUUGAUAAACUAAUAACAGACAAAGAAUUACAAGAACAUUAUAAAAACUAUGGUUUAUGUGAUGUAUGUAAACAGCUUAAAAUUGAUUAUUGUUGCAAUUAUUGUAUAUUUCAACCAAAUUUCAAAAAUUGGACAAGUGGAAAUCAUAACGUUGAUGAAUUUAUUCAAAAAGCACAAUUAAAUGCUAAAAGUGCAAUCCAAAUCAUAGAGUGGAUAGAAUAUGAUAAAUUUGAAGAUGUUGAAUAUUUAGCAAAAGGGGGAUUUGGAACUACUUUUAAAGCAGUUUGGAAAGAUGGUCCUUGGGAAACGACUUUUUGUAAUCAAAGGGAAGGCGAAACAAAAGUUGUUUUAAAGUGCUUACACAAUUCCCAAGAUAUUACAGCAGAUUUUUUAAAAGAAUUGGGACAAAAGUUGCGGAGUUUAGAACAUAUUGCAUAUGGCCUUGAAUGUAUUCAUAAUAAAGGAUUAAUUCAUCAUGAUUUUCAUUGUGGGAAUAUAUUAAGCAAUUUUGAUGAAUUUGCUUAUGUUACUGAUUUAGGAUUAUGUCAACCGGCAAAUGUCAAAUCCUCUCAAAAUAGUAAUAAAAAAAUAUAUGGAGUAUUACCUUAUGUAGCUCCAGAAGUUUUAAGAGGAAAAGAAUAUACUCAAAAAAGUGAUAUUUAUGGAUUUGGAAUAAUUGCAUAUGAAUUUUGUACAGGUUUCCCUCCUUAUCAUGAUAUAGCUCAUGAUGAAUUCUUAGCUAUGAAAGUUUGUCAUGGAUUGAGACCAAAAUGUGAUUAUAAAAUCCCUCAACUAGUUGUUGAUGUAAUUAAUCAAUGUUGGGAUGCAAACCCUUUAAAACGACCUAAUGCUGAUGAAUUGCCUAAGUUAUUUUAUAAUUUAUUUUAUGAAAUUUAUUCCAAUAGAGUGGAUUCUGUAAUUUAUAAACAAGUUGAAGAAGCAGAUGAAAUUAAUAAAAAGUCAUUUUCAACAGUUCAAUCAUCAUUAUCAUUUACUAGUACACUUUCAUAUACAACACAUCCUCAGGCAGUUUACACAAGUAGACUUUUAGAUUUUAAAAAUCUUCCAGAACCUAAAAAUGCAGACAAAAAUAAUGAUUUACUUGGAGUAUUAUAUUCAGAUUCUUUAAUAAUGGAUUUCACUGAACUUGAUAUUAACUCUAAAGGGAUGCCAACGGUCGGUUAG